AUUCUGUGCCUAUAUAGGUAGAUAAUAUACUGAAGCUGAAAUCUGAGUGAACCAGUUACUUCUUAAAGAGAAAGAAAUUAAUUUGAUAUUUGUAAACACAUGCAAUAAUAUUGUUUUUGAUACAUUGUGUAAUUGAUAAUUGAAUAUAUGCAUAGUGCAAUUUGCAGGAUAAUUUAACGAACAUUAAACUGGAUUAGGAUACGAUACACAAUAGUUGCUUCAUAUAAUAAUGUCGGAAAAUUCAACAGCACCGUAUGUAUUGCAAUUAAAAGAUGCAGUGAGUGCAAUUCGUUUGUCAGAGAAUGAUAUCAGUAAUAUUGCUUUAUCAGUUUCUCAGCCAGCUGACAUUAACAUUCUACCAAGUUCCAGUCAGAAAUUAGAGCAAGUAUGCCUUGAGAAAAGUUCAAAGAUAUCAGCAAUAGGAAGGGUUGUUGAUGUGGACAUGGAGGUUGAAACUCAGAAUGUAAAUGAGCAAGUUAAUUUUGUAUACGAAAUUGUAUAUCCAGAACAUUUUAACUUAAAGCCAAUUUAUAACUUGAAAAGAGGUAGACCAAAGAAAAAAAAGGUCGAGGAACUACCCGUAGAAAUAUCUAAAAAUGUGAAACCUGUUCCUAGAACUAGAUCUGGACGUGUGGUAAAAUUUCCAAAAUAUAUUGAAAAGGACUUUAAAAAAAUGGAGACAGAAGAUGGCGCUUUAUACUCCGAAGAACAUGACGUGAAAACAACCGAAUUUGAACGUUUUGAAGAAGAUAAUAAACAGGUGAAAAAAACAAAUGAAAUUCAGUUAGAAUUUCAUCAGCGUAAAAGAAAAAUAUCAGCACAAUACCGAUGCCCAAAGUGUAAGAAGGCUUAUUUAGGUAAAAGCAAGAUGAUACAGCACAUAAAAAAGUAUCCUGAUCACGGUCCAAUACCCCACAAUGAGUUAAAUUUUGACGUUUGGAAUUAUUUAGUAGAUAUAACCCAAAAAUGUCCCUCUGCUCAGCGUGGUAUAAAAUUUUGCGAGGAGUUGACGAAUCUUCUACAUAAUGUAUUGCUUUUAACUAGUGCUUUAUUUAAAAAAGUAGAACAGAACAAGAACUACGUGGAUGUGGAUAAAGUUCUGGGUAAUGCAAUUGGUUUACCACCUGGCCCUUACAAGUUUAACGAUAGUGAACUAUAUAAAGAUGUGACUGUUUUGAAAUUGAUUACAAACAGUGAUUUUUUUAAACCGGUAAAUACAGAUGAAGGCGCUGGGAUAGAUAAAAAUGUGACGGUGGUCAAUAAAUCUCGGGAAAGUGAAGAGGUUGAAGCACAAAAGACAGAGUCAUCUUCCUAUAGAGACGUAAAAGUUAUUUGUGAUCAUACAAAAGGAGACGAGGAGAAGACAGAUUUGUAUUUCAGGACCCACGGAGACGAUUUCUCCAUGAUCAAAACGCAAAAUAAUAUUACAAGUGAAGAAGUGCAGUGUAUUCCAGUUAUUGAAAGCAGCGUUAUUAUCAAUAAUUUCGAAAAGGGCAAUGUGGAAACCGCAGCCCCAUCGAGUUUUAUUAAGAAAACACAAUCACUGGAUAAUCGGUUACCUGUUCAUACAGAUCUGCUUUCUGAUAAUUCACUUUUGAACUUACCUAACUUGCGUAACUCUGUAGACGAGUUGAUUUUGUCGGGUGUCGAUUCCAGUGCGAACUUAUUAGAUAAUUCGACUAGUUCGGACGAUGUGAUGAAUGUUGAUCAGUUUGUUAAUGAAAGGUUCAAAAAGAUCACGGAACCAGAAAUGGAACAUUCACUGGUGUAUCCUCCCGAUGGAUGGGCCAAAACUAAGUCCAUCAGAAGUUCAUUUUUGGUUUAAAAAAGAUUAGUGUUAUGUUACAUGUAUGCUUUUUGUGCAAUGGUAUGAAUAUUCUGAUUUAAAUUGAUUCGCCAUUGUGAGAUGUUUAUUGAACGAGUGUGGUGUGAUACCCAUAGUUGAAAAAUCAAUAAAAUAAUAACAAUAAUAAUUAUUAUUAUGAAAUUAAUUAUAUAAUAUGUCUUAAUGGCAAAGUUCAAGACACACACAUAAAGGUAAAAUACCUACAAGAUAAACGUGCAAUCACCACAUAAAUAAAAUAAAAGUAUUAAAUUAUGUCAUUAAAAUUAUGAUUAAAAAGUUCCCGUGUAGAGAUUGUAUGCUAAAAUAACUACUGCGGUAGUGUCAUCAGCUAAGAAAAUAACAUUAUUAUUUGCUUCAGAAGUAGGUAAAUCAUUUGCAUACAUAUAGGUAUAAAAAAAAAAUAGGAAAUCUUAAUUCAAAUCGAUAUCUGUUAUAGUUAACAUAUUGUUCGCAAUCCACAACGUAAUAUUUUAUUAAAUUAAUGCUGUUCUGGACAAAAUUAUUAUUAAGGCGUCACACAGUGGGA